AUGAGUCAGUCAACUGAAGCUUUAAGCAAGAUUGCAAGUGUUGUGAGUAGACCUUUGUACACGGAUAGGGUUACUGCUGAUAUGGAGAGAAUUGCUUAUGCUCGUGUAUUAGUGGAAACUAAUGUCUCACAGCCGCUCAUAGAUUCAAUUGACAUAGUUACACUGUCUGGAUCCAUACAUAAGCAGUACAUUGAAUAUGAUUGGAAGCCUAGGUACUGUACAAGUUGCUUGAAAUUUGGGCAUUGGGUGGAUGAGUGUAGAAACAAAAUAGAGGAACCACAACAACAUGAAGAGUUUCAAGAAGCUCCGAGGAGGGGAAGGAGAAAUAGAAGACCUGCUAGACAAGGGCUAACAGUGAAGGAAAGUGAAAUUGAUCCACCAAUCCCAAAUGCUGACCUAACUCAUGUUGCUGGAAAUGCAGUACCAGGUGAUCUACAACCUAGGAUGCAGGUAACAGUUCCUUCAUAG